CCUCCUCCUCCUCCUCGCCGGCCGCCCCUCCUCCCCUGUGGCCCCCGCCAGAUGCUUCAGCUCCGACGAGUUCCCCGUCGACGAGACCUUCCUCCAGAACUUCGGCCCCAAGGACAAGGAGACCGAGGACCAGGCCCGCCGCCGCAACUGGAUCGAGCGCGGCUGGGCCCCCUGGGAGGAGGUCCUCUCCCCCGAGGCCGACUUCGCCCGCAAGUCCCUCAACGAAGGGGAGGAGGUCCCCCUCCAGUCCCCCGACGCCAUCGAGGCCUUCCGCAUGCUCAACCCCCGCCACCGCCGGCAGCGGAUGAGGGAGCUGGGCCUCACCGAGGACGAGUGGUACCGCAAGCAGUUCGAGAUCAAGGGCGAGAUCCCCGAGAGGCUGAGCACGCUGUGGGCGGGGCCCUUGGUCGUCCGGCAGGUUGCCCCGCGCGACUGGCCUCCCAGGGGCUGGGACGUCGACAGGGAGGAGCUCCGGUUCAUCCGCGAGGGGCACCGGAUGAUGUCGGAGAGGGUGGAUUUGGAGGAUUUGGAGAGCAGAGUGAGCGCCGAUACGGAUGAUAUGUGUCUGGACAGGUACAAAGUUUUCCUCAAGCAGUACAACGAGUGGGUCGAGGCGAAUAAGGACAGGUUGGAGGAGGAAUCUUAUAAGUAUGACCAAGACUACCAUCCUGGACGAAGGAAAAGAGGCAAAGAUUACAAAGAGGGCAUGUACGAGCUGCCUUUCUAUUAUCCUGGGCAGAUUUGCGAGGGGAAGGUCACCACUUUACACCUUUAUCAAGGAGCAUUUGUUGAUGUGGGAGGCGUAUAUGACGGGUGGGUUCCUAUUAAAGGAAACGAUUGGUAUUGGAUCCGCCAUCACAUAAAAGUUGGUAUGCAUGUUAUUGUCGAAAUCCUGGCAAAGCGAGACCCAUACAGGUUUCGAUUUCCUCUUGAAAUGCGUUUUGUCUAUCCUAACAUAGAUCACCUGAUCUUUAACAGGUUUGAGUUUCCACCAAUAUUUCAUCGGGAUGAGGAUAGCAAUCCUGAUGAAUUGCGGCGUGAUUGUGGAAGACCUCCUAUACCUAGAAAAGACCCAGGAACAAAACCUGAAGAGGAGUCUCUAUUGUCGAAUCACCCUUAUGUUGAUAAGUUGUGGCAGAUGCAUGUCGCUGAGCAAAUGAUUUUGGAUGAUUUGGAGGUCAAUCCUGAGAAGUACCAAAACCAAAAAUUAUCUGAGUUAGUUGAUGAUGAUUAUGAUGAAGAGAAAAGUGUUGAAUAUACCAAAGCUUAUUAUAAGAAGUCCUUGAUACCAAAAGUUAUUCUGAAAACUAGUGUGAGAGAACUUGACUUGGAAGCGGCUUUAGCUGAGCGUGAGUUCCAUAACAAAAUGAGAAAAGAAGCAGAAGAAAGGGGAGAGGCAUAUAAAAUUUCCAAAUUCAAGCGAAAUAUUGAGAUGGAUGAGUAUGAUUUGAUGCAUUGGCGUCGGUCAUUUGAAGAAAGAGAAGCCUUGAUCAGGGAUAUCAGCUGCCGACAAACCCUGGUUCUGCCACUGGAACAGCCAGGAAGGUAUGUAGACGGCAGUUACUUUGGCAAGGAUCAAUACGAUCCUUCCAACCCUUUAUACAGGUACGACUACUGGGGCGAGCCGAAGAACUCAGAGAAAAGCAAGCAACAGCGGAUGACGGACGCCCACAACAAAUCCAUUGUCGGCAAGGGCGUUGUGUGGUAUGAAAUGCCUUAUGAAGAUGUCAUCAAGCAAAAGAUGCAGAGAGAAGCUGCAUCGCAAGGAGUGAUGCAGAAAGAAGUUGAGGAUCCAGACAGCAAUGAAGUCGAUGAGGAUGAGGAUGACGACGACGACGAUUUUGAUUACAGCAUUCUUGGCGACCCGAACAUUAGUUUUGAGAAUCAGCCUCUUGUCAAUGGGACCGAAUCUUCUAGAAUAUCAGAUGAAGGUAUGUUUGAGGACUAAUGUAGCGCACUGUGGGUUAGUGGGAAGUCAUCUCUUUGUACAGUGGAACAAAUGUUAUCUUUCCUUUCUUUGGUUUC